CGCAGCCCCAGCAUUGUCUGGGAGGGAGGGGAGAAGCUCCGCCCCCCAGGAGGAGGGGAGGGGAGGAGGGGGAUAGGGGACGGAGGGCGGGAGACGCGGGGAGGAAGAAAGGCGAGGGAAGAGGGGCGGGGGAGAGAUGGAGAGCUAGAGAAAGACGGGGAGAGAGACCGAGCGGACGCGGUAGGGACGGAUAAAGGCAGGGGGGCGGGAUAGAGGGCGGGAGGGGAGGCGAGGAGGGCGGGGCGCCCGACCCCCAAUCGCGCGUCCGCAGCCUGCGCGGCCCGGCUGGAUUUGAGCCGGGCCCGCGGCUAGCAGACCCAGGCGCUGGCUGGAGCAACGCCCCCCCACCCCCGCGCAGAGGCACCCCCACUUUCCAACUCCGCGGGCGAUGCAGCCGACUCAGGACGCAGGCAAGGUGUCCGGAAUCCGGGUUCUCCCAGAGGACAGCGGCCGUGACUAACUAGCGUGGGCCAGGUUUCUAGCCCCCUGGGCCUGCUGUGACUGGCAGUGGAAGCUCCCCAUACCCAGCGCUUAGCCAGGGCACCACAGAAGGAGCCCUGGGCUUCAUGUCGGCUCUGUGACCUGGAUCGAGUUGCCUGACCUCUAGGACCUUCUGUUUCCUCAUCUGUAAAUGGUGAAAAUAAAGCCUUCCCAGUGGGUUCUUUCUUGUAAGGAAGAAGGUCUCCCCUUCUGAUGAAAAGAGAACAGAAGAAUGGACUACAGUCACCAAACCUCCCUCGUCCCGUGUGGACACGAUAAAUACAUCUCCAAGAACGAACUUCUCCUUCAUCUGAAGACCUAUAAUUUGUACUAUGAAGGCCAGAAUUUGCAGCUCCGACACCGUGAGGAGGAAGACGAGUUCAUCGUGGAGGGGCUGCUGAACAUCUCCUGGGGGCUGCGACGGCCCAUCCGUCUACAGAUGCAGGAUGACAAUGAGCGCAUUCGCCCCCCGCCAUCCUCUUCCUCCUGGCACUCUGGCUGUAACUUGGGGGCGCAGGGCACCAUCCUCAAGCCCCUCACCAUGCCCAACAUUCAGAUUUCAGAAGCGGAUGCCCCGCCUGAGGGCGAGCAGACACCGAGCCCCACAGGUACAGACUCCAGGGGCCUCAAGCCCCUGCAGGAAGACACCCCCCAGCUGAUGCGCACACGCAGUGAUGUUGGGGUGCGUCGCCGUGGCAACGUGAGGACACCCGGUGACCAGAGACGAAUCAGACGCCACCGCUUCUCCAUCAAUGGCCAUUUCUACAACCACAAGACAUCGGUGUUCACGCCAGCCUAUGGCUCCGUCACCAACGUCCGCAUCAACAGCACCAUGACCACCCCCCAGGUCCUGAAGCUGCUGCUCAACAAAUUCAAGAUCGAGAAUUCCGCAGAGGAGUUUGCUUUGUACGUGGUCCAUACCAGCGGUGAGAAACAGAAGCUGAAGAACACCGAUUACCCUCUGGUUGCCCGAAUCCUCCAGGGACCGUGUGAGCAAGUCUCCAAAGUGUUUCUUAUGGAGAAGGACCAGGUGCAGGAGAUCACCUACGAUGUGGCCCAGUACAUAAAGUUUGAGAUGCCUGUCCUAAAAAGCUUCAUUCAGAAGCUCCAAGAGGAAGAAGAUCGAGAAGUCAAGAAACUGAUGCGCAAGUAUACUGUGCUCCGGCUCAUGAUCCGGCAGAGGCUGGAAGAGAUGGCCGAGACCCCAGCAACAAUCUGAGCCACACGAAGGAGGGGAUCCAGACGCCACAGGGGCCGCCACUGGCACAAGAAGACGCACAGGAAGCUGGGAGCCUUCCUUCCAUGGGAAUGUGUAGCUACAGACCCCUCCAGCUCCUGCGGAGCCACUAUCCAUUGCCUAUAGCAGGAUGGAGAAGCCAGCAGACAGCUCCGCAUCCUCGGAUCCCCACGCGCCUCUCCUUUCUCUCACUCACAGGACUUUUGAAUUUUGUUAUAAGGACCCAACGUGUGUGUGUGUGUGUGUGUGUGUGUGUGUGCAUUUGAGCACACACAUGCACUAGUAAGCGCGUGUGCACACAUGGUACAUAUCCACGUGCCUACCUGAUAUUUACACGGAACUGAAUUCCGAGCCACCAGCACCCACCUGGGGGGCUGACAUUGAUGUCCUCCUCAAGGGCCCGGGAGCAGCCACGCAUGUUUGGAAGGGAAGGGGUUUCUGCAAACUCACCAUUUGGGAUAUUUACAUAUUGGUGGAGAUCUUCCCCGUACGUCUAGAAAGACUGGGCAUUGGAAAUUAACAAAAUAGCCGCCCCAUGCCCUUGGGGAAGGUCGGAUGGAAAGAGAAAAAUAAAUCAUCUGUGGGGUAGAUGCAAUAAACCCACAAGUUUUUACACUGGAAACUUUGUUUAAAAUAACAAAGACGUAUGUGAUCUGUGUGGAUUCUGCCUCUCCUCACCUCUGUGGCCAUGCCUAGGAGAAGAGACUGAUGUCUCACUCAGCAUGCCAACCCCGUGCUGUGAAGGCCAACCCCAACUCUUUGGCGCCUCCUUGAGUCGAAGGAAAUGUCUCAUGGGUUUUUCCGUGGCCAACUGGCUAGAAUGGCCCAGAUCUGGACUUGUCCUUGGGUGGUGACCAGAGUUUCCCUCUUUAGGGAAUCAUAGAAGCUCCUUGCAGAAGUGACAGAUGCCUGGGAGGCCAGCCCAUUUCCCAUCAUCAAGGGCUCUCCCUGCACUUGGAGCUGAGGCCAUGUGUUUGAGGUCAAGGCCAAGGGUUUCUUCUUCAAAACCAUAGGAUUCUUGUAAGUUGCCCUCAACUUAUGCAUGGAGAUGGACUCCAAGCAUGAGGAAGACCCUGCUACUGACUGAGUGUGGGGCUCAGGGAAGCUCUGUGGGCUGUCCUAUGCAGGUGCACAUGGAGGGUGGAGCUUCUCUGAGCAGCCACCUGGGUGAUCUUUGGAACAGACCUCAAAUGGGGGAGAAAGAGUAGGACAGUCUGUCACCUGUGUCUCCUCUCAGGAAGACCACUGGGUAGCUGGGCAUCAAUGUGGCUGGUACAGUUUGAAGAGGGACAGACAGAUGCUGGGAGCAGAGGAUGGGCCAGGCAAGGGUGGGAGCUCCUAGCAGCAGGUGUCUCAGCCUUUUUUUGGGGGGGUGUCCCCAUCUCUUCUCCUCUCCAAGAAAGGUUUCGGGAACCGGGCAGUUGGCGGAAGGAGAGCCGUGUCGGCAAAGAAGGUGGAUGCUUGCAGCAGAGCCGUUCCUGCCUCCUCCUGCCCCCUGCUCCCCUCUGUGGCUUCCGUAGCCUCGUUAGAUGGCUUGCAGCUGUGGUCUUGUUGACUUUCACAAAGAUGGCGUUCUGCCACCUGGCAUCUUGCCGGGGGUCUUUUAGCAAGGCGACCUCCUCUUUGGGGACAGCGCCACCAGCCCUAUGGGGCGUGGACUGGAAAUCCGGAGUCUUUAGUCUCCAUCAUACCCCUCGUUGGGCCUCCGCAAAAUGCACAGAAAACCCCGGGGGCAGGGGGAGAGGCUUCCUUUGUUAGAGCUGGGAAAGAGCCGGUUGGUGAAUGCAAACAGACUUCCUGAGUUUUGCAUUUGCGAAAAUGACCUAAGAAAUUCUCUUCCAGUUACUUUUAUUUUGAAUGUUCAAAGCCUGCGUUGGUCCCAUAACUCUCUUUGGUGGGUUAGGCAGAAAAAUUUCCACAGAGCAGAUGACUAACCUCUAACUUUUGUUAGAUGGCGACUUCUGGUUUAUAAAAGUUCUCUUUGAUUUGCACUAGCACUACAAUUGCUUCAAUACGGAAAUGUUGCAAAACGUAGGGUAGACCUGGCCUCUUAAAGAUGGGGUUGGGGGGGGGCAGGUGUCAAGGUGAAAGUCAGGGGAAAUGGAGUCUUAUUGGAUACAUUCCCCUUACCACAGGCUGUACUUUUCCGUUUUGGCCCACCCUGUUUGGAGAUCAUUUCUCACAUCCUAAUAACCUCAUCAGGAAUUUUGGAAAGGUCUUUUGAAAUAGCAGUGAUUGAAACAGAGACACUUCUCCAUGGUGUGGAGCCGGAUUUUCCCACUGGUAUCGUAUGGCUUUGCAGCUUUGAAUUCCUCUACUGAUUUGUGUGGUUUUAUGUAAUUGCGUGCAAUGAACCUGAAAUCGGGUGAGGAACAAAAGGCCAAUUUAUAGGGUUUUUUCCCUAACUUGUGAAAAGCAGGCUAGCCACAUCUGGCUUUCUUUUCCUGGGGGCUUGUGUUACAAGGUGAUCAAAUGAAGGAAAAGCCUGAGUCUCAUCUGGCGGGGUGUGGGGGGUGUCCGUUCUGCCAGGUGUUGGUGGAAUUAAGCACAAGGUCACAUUUUCAGUGAUCACGUGAGUGGGCAGGUGAAGAGUUAAAGGGGGGCAUAGGAGGGUGGGGGAAUCUUGGGGAAGGACUGACAAGCACAAGCAGCCGGCUUGCCUGUGCGGGCUGGUGAGGAAUGGGCUGGUGAGGAAUGUGUGCGCCGGGCUCCAGGCUGAUAAACUUGAAUUCUACGUGAGGUUUAAGAGAGAGGAGAUCAGAUUAGCCAUCCACCCACUGGGUCCCAUGCUAGGACCAAGAGCUGAGGUUUUGGUCUGAGGCUUCAAGGAGAAAUAUUCACACCCUUCCCUUCUCCCUAGCAGAAAGGAAACAAUACACUCUCCUGGAGAUCCUCAUGUAGACAUUUUAUCACCAUUGUACACAAUAAGACUUUGAAAUACAAUGAUACACACACACGCAAAUCUGUUCUCGGAUGUAAAACUUCUUGGCACAAAUUCUUUUCUGCAGGGUUGGGUGGUUAUUUUGGUGUCAGGAGCAAAGAGGUGCGACGGCUCCCAGUAGGGCAAGAAACUCUCUUAAGAGAAACUCUCCUUCCCCUUCUCCCGCCUCGAAAAAUGCCAAGCUCCACGGCACAGAGAAUAUGGUGUCCUAGAUAAACGGCCAAGAGAGAAAUUUUCUACGCGCGGGGGAAUUUCAGGGUCUCGUGGCCAAGCCAUGAUGUGGGAGCUGAGAUAGCAAGCAGGGAACUUCCCAGCAUCCUCGAGGCCGUAGCACACAUUUCCGAGCUGCUGCUGAAGUUGUUUUACACAAAGUCCUGCUUGAGUCAGGUGAGACGAGGAUCUCAGAGAGAGGCAGAAAUACAGAGAACCGUGGCAGCCCUUCUUUCAGUGGAACUGAAAGCACUUCCCCUGCCACGGGAGGUUAUAGCGCCCCCCUGUGUUUGAACCAAGCACAAGAUGUGGACAAGCCCGGAAGGGAAAGCCCAGUUUGCCCUUUCCGAGCCUGCUCAGCUGAUUGCAGACCUGCUUCCCCGGCUGAUGGUUUCUGGUGUGUUAGUGCUAGUGUUUCUUCAGGGUUUCCCCACUUAUGUUAGCUUCGCGAGGUAUUCGUUUCUUUAUCGUAACUUGCCUUCAACAAUGGUACAUGACCCGGUUCAAUGUUUGGUUCUGAACUUUUAAAAUGAUGCAUCUGGGUAUCCUAACAUAAUUUGACGAGGCCUCAGAGGGAGCCAUAAAUGUCUGUAACAUUUUGAUAUGUUUUCAUGCACCUAACUUAGAUCUUGUUGAAAUAAAGCACUUUUCAAAGAGAA